AUGAAGCACGGCCCCGUCGCCCGCCCUUCAGCGGCCCCAACACCGCCCUUCCGCGGCCCCGUCGCCGCCCUCCAGCGGCCCCGUCGCCGCCCUUCAGCGGCCCCGUCGCCGCCCUUUCAGCGGCCCCGACGCCGCCCGCCCUUUCAGCGGCCCCGCCGCCGCCCUUCCACAGCCCCGUCGCCGCCCUUCCACGGCCUCGCCGCCCGCCCUUACAGCGGCCCCGUCGCCCGCCCUUCCGCGGCCCCGUCGCCGCCCUCCAGUGGCCCCGUCGCCGCCCUUCCGCGGCCUCGUAGCCGCCCUUUCAGCGGCCCCGUCGCCGCCCGCCCUUUCAGCGGCCCGUCGCCGCCCUUUCAGCGGCCCGUCGCCGCCCUUUCAGUGGCCCCGUCGCCGCCCUUCCACGGCCCCGUCGCCGCUCACCCGUCUAGCGCCCGAGCCGCCGAGCAGCCGAACCUCCGAGCAGCCGAGCCGCCCGACAGCCGAGCCGCCCAGCAACGGAGCCGCCGAGCAGCCGAGCCGCCCGACCACCGAGCCGCCGUGCAGCCGAGCCGCCCGACCGCGGAGCCGCCCAGCAGCCGAGCCGCCGAGCCGCCCGACCGCCCCACUUGCCUGUGCGAUAGGGCAGACGGUCUCUCCCUGUUUGACCUCACUUCUGGUGCCUCUCCUGCCCCUGCUGCUGAUGCUGACCCCACUGUUCGCUCACAGUGGGCCACGCGUGAUGCUGCUGCUCGCCUUGAUGUGCGCCGCCACUUAACGACCGCUGAGCGUGCACACUUUAGCCAGUACAAGAGUGCUCAGACCUUGUACGAUGCUGUAGUUGCACGCUACUCUUCCUCUGCCACUGCUGCACUGAGCCGCCUCAUGCUACCGUACCUCUUCCCUGACCUUGCUGCCUUUCCCAUAGUCGCUGACCUCAUUACGCACCUCCACACUAGUGACACUCGCUACCGUGCUGCGCUUCCUGCUGAGUUCUGCGCUAAGAACCCCCCCCCCAUGUACAUCACCCUCUACUACAUAGUCACCAGUCUCCCUGACUCUCUCCGCGUAGUCAGGGACCACUUCCUCUCAGUUUGCCCCACCACUCUCACGGUUGACCUCCUCGAGAAGGCCCUUCUAGCGAUAGAGAAGAGCAUAGUCGCUGUAGGAGCCUCUCGUGGUGACCCUCGCACCCCCGUCUUUGAGGGGUGUUCUCCCUCCCCCCUCUUGCCCUCUGUUGCCUCUGCUGCUGCGGCCGACCUCGUUGGCUUCGAGUCGGUCGGCGCUGCGUCUGCUCCGAGCGGGAGACGCCGCACCGGCAAGGGCAAGGGGGGCAAGGGCGCUGGAGGAGCUGGAGGGGGCGGUGGAGGUGGUGGUGGAGGCAGUGGAGGGAGUGGGGAUAGUGGUGGGAGUGGUGCCGGGGUGGCGGCGACGGCGGCGACAGUGGAGGCGUCGAAGGCGGUGGUAGUGACGGAGGGAGCGGAGGCGGCGGAGGGAGCGGAGGCGGCGGAGGUGGCGGAGGAGGCGGAGGUGGAGGAGGCAGCGGAGGCGGCGGUGGCGGUGGCGGUGGUGGAGCGGGUCGCGACUCUGUGCAGAGGAGUGGCUCAGCACGGUGGGGGUUUUGGUCCGUGCACUUACGUCCUCCGUACCGGCGACCAAGCUGGUGAGCAGUGGAGAGGCCCACACUCCACCCAGCGCUGCUUCGUUCGCCUGACGGACGCGUGGCGUCGCCAGUUCCCUGAGGCGUCAGAGAUCCCUCGCUGGGGAGAUCUGUCUAGGGCGGGGGUUGCCGUCUUUGAUCUUGACUAUGAUGCUAUUCUUGCUGCCAUGUAUGCUGUUGAUGAUAGUGUUGUGGGUGACUGUUACCUGUGUGUACCGCCUGACCCGGGCAUUGAGGCUACUGCUCUAGGUGCUGGUGAGGCUGCUGCUCUAGGUGCUAGUGCGUCAGCUGCCCCAGGUGCUAGUGCAUCUGCUGCCCCAGGUGCUGGUGAGUCUGCGCUCUCAAGUACUACGUCGGCUCAGGCCUUACACACCUUCACCCUUGACUCGGGUGCGUCCCGCUCCUUCUUUCGAGACCGCACCACUCUUACGCCGCUCAGUCGGCCGGUUGCAGUCUCCCUGGUGGACCCCUCUAGGGGUCCUGUCCUUGCUAGCUUCUCCACUGUCUUACCGUGCCCGGCAGCCCCCUCUGGCACCCUAUCAGGUCUCUACCUCCCCUCGUUCUCUACGAACUUGGUGUGCUCGGACAGGCCGACACUUGGCCACUUGGCGAGGACGUCCCCGUUAUAA